UCCCCGUGCACAGAGAAGAGCUGCUUUUGGACCGAUUAUUGCCUGCUCCCAGCUGAAGCAUGGAAAUCUCUACUCUCACUGUGUACCACUGCCUUGCUUUCGCCUGGUAUUUUUUUGUCAACUACUCGGUCGUACACUUGAGAACGGACAACCGGCCGCCCGAGCUGUUCCUCUACGGUGGGCAGUGGAAGUAUUUGACGGUUCUCAAUCUGGUUUUGCAGGCUGUCUUCUAUGGGGUGUCCUUCCUGGCUGAUGUGUUGAGACUAAUUAAGAAACUGCGAUGUGUUAAGUGCGUAAUUUCCAGCAGAGACCUUCUUUUCAGUGUCCUGGCCUUCCCAGUGUCCACAUUUGUGUCUGUAUCCUUUUGGGCCCUGUACACCUACAACCGAGAGCUGGUCUACCCCAAAAGCCUUGAUGGAGUCAUUCCCCAGUGGUUAAAUCAUGCCAUGCACACAACCGUAUUGCCUUUCGCCUUCCUGGAAAUCUUUGCCACGCCACAUCGUUACCCAACAAAGAAGAAGGGACUCAUCCUGGUAGGAUUUGCCUCGUCUCUGUAUAUCACUUGGGUGCUGUGGAUUUAUGCGGCAACGGGAGAGUGGGUAUAUCCGCUCUUUGCGCUGUUCAGCCCCGCCGGGCUGGCAGCCUUCCUGGCUGGUAGCUUUGCCAUCACCGUCUGCUUCUACAGCUUCGGAGAGUUCCUCAACCGCAUGAUAUGGGGCGACUCGAUAGCCAUCCUGGACUACAAGCGGAAAGGCAAGUGAGGCUUCCCCUCCAGGCCACACAAUCUCUCCGGGAACGCUGAAGCCAUGAAGUAGAGGAAAACAAAUGCAGCUGUGAUAAACCCUUUCUCCAACGCACUGCAGCUUCUGGUGAAGUCAUUAGGUCACCAGGCAUAUGGAAAACUGGUGGAAAAUAUGAAACAUUUGCCUCUUACAUGAUAACUCCGCAACUGCUAUGAAUAAGAGAACUGUGUUCCUCUGUGCACGCAGAUUUCUCAUCUCUUGAGCAAUGUAUGUGAGGAUGCGUCCACGGUUAAAACUCGUCACUGCUGAAGAGCUCCCUCGUGAGCUUGGCACCGCUCUGCAAAAGGCCUGUGCAUGGCAGCCAGCUCGUGUUUGGAUUGCCCUUCAUCAAGUCUGGAAAACAUUAAGAGGAGGGAUAAUUUUAACACUGCUGUGACUUCCAAGCUAGCUAGAUAACAAAUUGGGCUAACAAGGACUGUAAUUAGGAAUGUCUGCUCAUAAAGUUCACCAUGAAGCCAAAUUCUUCCAAUGAAAAAGCCUUCUGGAAUAUUAAUAUCUCCCCUCCCCCAUUCCUAAUAAGAAAUCUGAAUGCAACCCUUCUUUUUUUCUCGGUUUCAGUUAAUCUUGCAGCAAAAGUAACCUAAUUAUACUGACUGUAUGAUUGCUUUGACAGAAAGCAUGUUAAUUUAAAGCACUGUUUAACAUAAAGCUGCCUGCCAUAUAAUUACAUUCCAUUCACAUGUUUACGAAUCUUGUUCAGUAUAGCUGAUUUCUGUUAUUAGCCUCAACAUCUCGUUAACAUCUAAAACGCUGGCGAUGUGCUUUGUAAACUCAAAUAAAGGGGCAAAACUGUG